CCUGACAUGUCCAUUCAAACAUUUCUCUUCACUCAUUUUGCUUGCCUGUAUCACCACCGUAAAUGUCGUCUAAAAACAGUUGAUUAUUUUAGGCGAGACAACAAACCCCUCCUCGCAUCCAUGUGUGUCGCAGCAGCAGAGAUAGGAUGAGAGGGGAGGGUCUGUGAUGACACAGGGCUGUUUGCCAGUUUAAUGUAAACCAUUGCGUCGUUCAAAAAUCUCAUCUCAUCUCAUUAUCUCUAGCUGCUUUAUCCUGUUCUACAGGGUCGCAGGCAAGCUGGAGCCUAUCCCAGCUGACUACGGGCGAAAGGUGGGGUACACCCUGGACAAGUUGCCAGGUCAUCACAGGGCUGACACAUAGACACAGACAACCAUUCACACUUACAUUCACACCUACGGUCAAUUUAGAGUCACCAGUUAACCUAACCUGCAUGUCUUUGGACUGUGGGGGAAACCGGAGCACCCGGAGGAAACCCACGCGGACACGGGGAGGACAUGCAAACUCCACACAGAAAGGCCCUCGCCGGCCACAGGGCUCGAACCCGGACCUUCUUGCUGUGAGGCGACAGCGCUAACCACUACACCACCGUGCCGCCUCAUUCAAAAAUAUGUAUAGUUAUUUAUUUUAAUGUUUAGACUUAAUAUCAGCUAGGAAGGAUAGGCUCUGGCAAUAUGCUAUUACAAACAAGUAAACAAUAGAGUAUGUACUUUUCAACAGUUUUUAGAGAUUUAAACUACUUUUUGGGACUGUUACUUAAUUGGAUAAUAUUUAGUGGUGUUUCUUGUGUUUUGUCCAGUUCAUAAUGCAAUACUGGCGACAGUGACCAGGAGAGGUCAGGAGCUCAAGAGGAAUGGAGAAGGGUGAGUUACUGGGGCCUCAUCAAUGAUGCUUCUCCGAGUCAUUGUCUCACCUCAGGAAAUAAGACGUGCCACCCUACAGGAUGUUCCCCCAUCAGUCGAUGAGCUAUGUAUGGUUCUGGGCCUCCGAGGGAAUUUCCUUUUACAGUUUGAAGAUCCAGACUUUGGGAAUGAGCUCUGCAAUUUGACUGAUAUCAAGGACCUACCAACCGAACGAGCCACACUAAAAGUUCUGUUCACGUUUUCUGAACCACUUUCUGACUCAACAUUAGAUACUGCAAACCUUAGUUCCCAGAGUACAGUGAGCCCUAGUCCCUCCAGUAGUGGGGAUCCAACAGAAUGGCCUGAUCCAUUUGUUUUUCCAGAUUUCACCCAUGAUGUUGAGUUUCAGCUGAGGGUAGCAAAUGAUGCCUAUGCCAAUGAUGGAGCUGUGAUGGUUGUCUCAAAGAGUGUGAAGAGUGAAAUUCUGGACAGACUGGCUGAUUGCAUCACCAAAAUCACUCCCUAUCCAACCAGAGACAACAUAGAAAGUGUGGCCAAAGCUCUUGUGGUGAAGCACCCUUGCCUGAGGGAGCCAGGGUCUGGUCAAGGAUGGUAUUGCUGGAAGUUCAGCUUGGUAUUCAAGAUGGGCAAUUAUCGUCAGAGGAUGAUGGUAGCUGGAUGCCCUGAAGUUCUUGUAAAUAAAAGAAAAAGAGGACAAGGAAAUGGCAAGCCACUCAAGAAGUCAAAAAAGGGAGAGAUCCACUAUUUGCCAGAGCCACCUGAGGGACAAACUGCGUUUAAAGCAGAGAAGGAUCGCGAGACCAUGGCUCUAGAAGUGCAGAAGAGAGAUCCAGAUUUACAGGUCCUGGAUGAAUUGAUGGCCGCAACAUUCUCACAGCAGAGACAAGAAAUAAUCGGUGAUGAACCGCUCAUCUCUGCUGUCAUGGACAGAUGGCCUGCAUUGUUUAGUGAGCGACAGCUAAUUGCCGAGUUCUGCAGAAUUGUCACCAAAGACCUGCUUGAAUCCUUUCUGAGUGGACUCGAUGCCUUCAUGCCCAGUCUUCUACAACUUUACAAAGCAGCUGCUGCCUCAGGCAGGAGGUUGGCCCUGAGCCGCAUUCUUGACUGUCUUCAAAAGGAGGAUACAAACCAAAACCAAAGAACAGCUGCCCUACUUGGUCUCCCGUGCUACUUUUCAGAGGAUUCCUCCAAUGUAAUCAGGAUGUGUGAUGCUCAUGGCGACAUGAUAAUGAGAGGGAUGGAAGUUGGACUGCGGAUUGGACACGAAGGCCAUCUGCAGGAUGCAUUUCCUUUGGAAGUCUUCCAUGUGGCUGUGGUAGUAGAGGAGAUCAUCAUCCUACAUGACAUCAGAGAUGUGCCCACUGGCUUUGCUAUGUUACUGGGCGCCAUCUACUGCCUUAACCCCGAGUACCCACAAAACAUGAGGUACUCCUUUGAGUUCCUGCAGAAGGUCAUCAUGAGCAUUAAACCAGACCAAUGCUCAGUAAGAGUCCAUGGACUAAGAAAUAAACUGCUUAGACAUCGCAUGUAAACUAAAAGCUUUGAAAUUGUGUGUUCAAUUAAGCCAAAUGUUUUUUGACGGUUCACAAUGUUGAGCAUUUUUGGUCAUUGUUCAUAUUUGAGGUUUUAUGAACCUGCCUACAACACUACCUCACCUUCUCCAUGUCUGCAACCUUCCUCCUCCCUCCCACUCUCGCUCUCUGUCUGUCUCUCUCUCUCUCUCUCUCCCCACAACCCCAUCUUCUCUCGCUAAACCCCUCCCCCCAAUUUGGUUAGCUAUUUGGUUGUGAAGGCAUGUUAACAAUGUAUGAUGUUCAAGCUUAUAAACAUGUUUUUACUAAUAAAUGUUAGCUAGGGAGAACCCUAACGAACUUCCAGCAAAUUUGAGAUUUGCUCCAGGCCUUUUUUCAAGCCACUGCUGAUCUUGGAUCUGCUGAUCUUGGAUCAGUUUCAACUGAGAGGGCACUGGUGUUAACCAGGCUAAAUAAAUGUUGUAUUUUUCUGAUAAA